UGCUUGUUGCAUACAGCUGGAAGAGCUAACCGCUUCCGUCGAAAAACAACUAAAUGAAGCAAUCUUUGAGGGCUCGAGUGCUGCGUUCGUGAAUAUCGGGUUUGUUGCGACAACCUGUCUCCAACAUCCGCUCAUCAACUUUCUUCUACUUAUUUUAUGGUAUUUUUGUUGGCUUUUUAUUCUUGGCUCAGUAGUUUCUAGAAGCAAACCAGGUCCUCAAGAGUGGCACGAUAAAACCGCGAAGAACCGAACGAAACACGCAACGCUUCGUUUGUCCCACAAACGUGAACGCAGCACGUGGCUCUAAACCUACAGCGGUGUCAAACCUACUUCAGCGUACACAGUAGUUGAGCGCGAGGUUAAGAUGCUAUGUAUGUAGCAUGCAGCGGGAUGGCGAUGGUAAAAUACUGCCGUGCUGUUACUGAGUGUGCUGAUAGGAAUUCCCGACAGUAGAGCGGCAGCAAUGAGUGAGACUGUGGAGAAGAGACGGAAAGGAGCCCAACUGACGAACCCCAAAAACAGAUGGAGUGAACAACCCAAGGGUAACAUCAUCACGGAUGUUUCUGAGAAACAUGGUGCCAUUCCAUCAGUUGAAGAUGACGGACGACAAGGGGCCCUCAAGAGGUUUAGUGCCAUGUGGUCCUCCCUCCGCAAAGGCAAAAGAGACAGAGUCAAAGAGCCUGAGCUUACAGAGCCAUCUGGCAUGGAGGCAGCAGAGAACACAACCAGGCAGCACCGCUAUGCCAGUGGUCAGUACUUCUUUGAGUAUCUGGUGGUGGUCAGCCUCAAGAAGGCCAAGGACAGCAAUACCUACGAACCUCAGAUUACCUACCAGUUUCCCAAGAGAGAUGGAAUGGCGAGAUCUCAGAAGGAGGAGGAGGAGAAGACUUUAAAGGCAAUCACACUGUUUUGUUUCCCAGAAGGCAUCAACUGGGCUCCUUUGACAGAGUACCACAGUGAGACCUUCUCCUUUGUUCUGACUGAGAUCGAUGGCAGCAGAAGAAAUGGAUACUGCAGGAGAUUAUUGCCAGGAGGGCGAGGAGCGCGACCACCUGAAGCUUACUGCAUCAUUAGUACACUGGCUUGUUUUGGGCUCUUCUCCAAGAUAUUCGACGAGGUGGAGAAGCGCCGGCAGAUCUCCAUGGCCAUGAUCUAUCCAUUCAUGCAGAAACUUAGAGAAGCUCCAUUCCCAGCACCAGGGAACACAGUGGAGAUUAAGAGCUUCAUUCCUGAGUCGGGCACUGAGAUCAUCAGUCUGACCCGGCCGCUGGAUUCCUGGCUGGAACACGUCAACUUUGCCACGCUCUUUGACUGCCUGACGGACCAGCAAGUGCUGCUGGUGUUUGCAGCGGCUGUCUUGGAGAGACGGAUCGUUUUCAUCGCAGAUGAACUUGGCACAUUGUCUCAGGUCAUUCAUGCAGUAGCAGCCCUCCUCUACCCUUUCACCUGGCAGCAUACCUUCAUCUCCAUUGUUCCAGAAAUCCUCAUCGAUGUAGUGAUGGCACCUACCCCCUAUUUACUGGGAGUCCAGAAGCGCCUGCUGGAUCAAGUCACUGACCAGACUGAUCUGCUGGUGGUGGAUUUGUCUGAGGAUAAAAAGGACCCAUUCAUUGUUUCAAUUGGUGAUGAAGGCUCUAUCCUGCCUUCAAAGCUCCAGGCUGAAAUAUUAGAGGCUCUAAGUAAAAGACAAAAUGCAUCAGUGGGGGAGGAGCUAAACCGAGUGGUUUCUGAAGCCUUCCUGCAAUUCUUCGUGAAAACAGUCGGCCAUUAUGCCUCAUAUGUAAAGUACGGACGCGCUGGAGAGCGUGGGGUGUUUGAUAAGAGAAGCUUCUACAAGGCAAUCGAGCCCAAGGUCACUCGACACUUUGUCAAGAAGUUCAUUCAGACGCAGAUGUUUGACUUGUUUAUCCAGGAGGUGGAGCAGCAGCAGCCUGGACCACAGCAAGGAGUGUUUCACAAAAAGAUCCUUGAAUAUCAAGAGAAGAAGAAAAAGGAGAAGACAAAGAAACACUAGCUGUCUGCAUGGAAACAUGGCUGUAUAAAGGGGUAUAUAGAUGUGAAUAUUGCACUGUGUUUUCUGUGUUAUGUAGUUUGGAGUAUAUUAAUUAUGUUCUCAUGUGUGAAUUACUGUAUGGCUGUGUGACUGCUCCUCACAAUGUGAAACACUGGCAGAAUGCGGGACUUGAAUUCUCUGUGGUGGUUUUUAGCCUCUCUGAUAAUCAGGAACUUAUUGCAAAUAAAAACUAGCUUUUUAACCCUGGAGAACCCAUGGGGUCAAAUUUGACCCCAUGGGUUCCCUAGAAAACCAAUGGGGUUGGAUCUGACCCUAUUGGUUCUCCAGGGUUAAGUUCAUGAACCUGCAGUUUGUUUUUUAAGGCUACUGAUAGAAGAUGUAUAUUUGGGAUUGGAGCAGCAGUUUGUAUCCAACACUGUGGCUGUCUCUGCAUAAUGUUCAGAGUAGACAUGUACUCCCAACACACGUACAGAAAAAAAGAGUACAUAUGUCUUUAUGCAUGGUGUAUAUACAUCUGUUUUUAGGGAUGUGCUGUUGGUGGGGACUGCUCUACCUGUUUGUAGUCAGAUCCAUUUGACCCGAUCUUUCAUUUCAUUUUUACAGAGACACUCAGAAACCAUCAGCCAGUGUUGUACAGAAUAAAUUAUCAAAUGAUUAAUAAUUAGCUGCUUUGUGAUUUUACAUCUGUUUAGUAACGGCCUCUUCACAAAACACACAAUGUCACUGUGAAGUGGAUCUUUGAUUUUUGUCAGUUUGGAGAAAUUCCUUCCAAUUCUUGUUGAGGUAUUACAUUUAUUAAAUUAAAGUUUUCAGAUUCA